GUUCGCUUCCCUUUGACUCGCUGCUUUACACUUUAAUUGUCUUUUUCUUUCCCCUGUCGUUGCGUUUCUCGUCGAAGGUUCUCACCGAUUCGAUCACCUAUCAUUGGCGUGUUCCUUAACAUAUAACUCCCUUCAUCGUGUUACCUCGAGCUGCCACGAGACGUGCGCAGCUCACUGUCACGACGUCUUCCACAAAGCGCCGUAAGGUAGCAGAGCCUCGCAGACCAGGAACCCUUCCGGGUUUGUCGUUUGCCUCGCAGGCCGGAAGACGUCACGGACACCACAACUCCGAUACAACCUCGUCCUCGCCACCAAACCCUCGUCCGUCCUCCGACCCUAGUGCGACACAACGCCAAGGCUCUUCCUCUCCUCCGCAACGUUAUAUCCCCGCCCAUUUGCAGGAGGAAGUGCUUGGGGCCAGAUCUACCCCGGAUUCCGCUGGUCCCAUCGACCUCCCAUCCGCAGCUUGCGCUGGACUCUCUCUCGCCAGCGAUCCGCCCACAGAUAUGUCUGGUUCCGAUCAGAGAGAUGGUAGUGCUCCGCCCGCUGGGCGUGACAUCCGCUCAGCAUCCCCCGGCGUGAAGCGGGCGGCUCCCGAUGCCGAACAAGAUGUGGAUAUGGAUUUGGGCCCGACCGAGAAGGAGUCCCAGUCGGACAAGAUGGAUACAACCGGAACGGAGGACGACGAUUCUACUUCAAACGAUGUUUCCGGGUCUGACAACGUCUAUCCCUCCCCCUCUAGCAUGUCGACUUACACCGCCUCUACCGCGACCAGGGCUCAUUCCAAGGCCCUGUCUUUCACCACAUCCGAGCGACCAUCCUACGAUGACCAGGUCGCGAAAGUAACGUGUUUCAUGAUGCAGCCCCUAAUGGAAGGACAGAAGGGAUAUGUUGUGUCGAUGGCAUGGCUAAAGCGGGUGCUCUCUAGGAGCUCUACUCAUGCAGACAAAACGGACAAGACUGCUACAGAAGGAGAGGUUGGUCCGGUGGACAAUUCUGACUUGGUUCUAGUCACGGAUCCUGCGAAUGCAUCCUUCAAAGACGAAAAGGGAGAGCCCUUUGUACCCUUGCGCCCAGGUUUGCAGAUGAGCGAAGACUUCGAGAUUAUACCUCAAGAAGGAUGGGAUCUGAUCAUGCAGUGGUACGGUUUGGCAGAUCAGUCACCAGCCAUUGUUCGCUACGCCCAUGACACCAACGUUGGCGGGGAUUCCGAGAACAUCCAGUAUGAGAUUAAUCCGCCAAUUUUUACGAUAUUAAAACUUUCUCGCCUGUCCGCGGGCACUACUCCCCAGUCCCUGAGGGAGAAAAACAUGAAGCCCGUGCGGAUUCUGGCUAGCAGGCACUCCAACUUCCAGAAGUGGCUGAAGGAAGCUAAAACAAGGGCCAACAUCGAUAUGCCGACUAAAGUUCGUGUUUGGAGAAUUUUGGGCGGUUUGGGCAGCGCAACAGCAUCUGCUGCAAUGACCCCAGCUGCAUCGCGAAGCGCUUCACCGGCGCCUGCAGCGUCGAUCGUCGCCAAUGCCGGUAACAGUCUCGUGAUCGAUCUCAACACUUUCCUCUCGCUGUCCGAGGGUGCCCAGAGGGAGUUGUUUGAGGACGCUAAGGAUCAGACCGCCAACCCUAAUUAUAACGGUCGGAUGACAUUGGAUCUUGCUGGACUUGGCGGUAGCGAUGUCGUGGUGCUAGAGGAACGUAUACCCGGUGGGGAGUGGGUCUCAGAGGCGUCCAAGCAGACACUUAAUCGCCUUGGUGUUCCCUCGGGUAGUCUCAAGAAUGGUGCUUCCUCUAAGCUGAAGAACAAGAGCCCUACCGCCAGUGGCCGAUCGUCUCCAGUACCGGAGCCUGUUAGGGGACGACGGAAAGAUGGGAAGCCUCGCGGCUGCACGGGUCUAAGCAACCUUGGAAAUACGUGCUACAUGAACUCUGCCUUGCAGUGCGUACGAAGCGUUGAGGAGUUGACCUAUUACUUCUUAAAUGACGUUUAUAAGCAGGAUCUUAACCCCAGCAACCCGCUGGCUCACAACGGUGAUGUAGCGAAGGCGUAUGCAAAUUUGUUGCGUAUGAUCUAUGACGAAGCAGGCCAGUCCUCCUUUGCUCCCAGGCAGCUGAAACACACAAUUGGCCGCUACGGCCCAGCAUUCUCUGGUUAUGGACAGCAGGACUCCCAAGAAUUUCUGCUUUUCCUUCUUGAUGGGCUACAGGAGGAUCUGAACAGGAUCCUUAAGAAGCCCUACAUCGAGAAACCCGACUCCACAGAUGAAAUGGUUCAUAAUAAGGCGGCACUUACUGAGUUCGCGGACAAAUGUUGGGAUAUUUAUAAAGCUCGUAACGAUUCUGUGAUCACAGACCUCUUCGCUGGGAUGUACAAAUCAACUCUUGUUUGCCCUGCCUGCGACAAGGUCAGUAUCAUCUUCGACCCUUUCAACAACCUCACGCUCCAACUUCCCAUCGAAAAUCUCUGGGGUAAAGAGGUAUUCUACUUCGGUCUACACAAGAAACCAGUUCGGUUUGAUGUAGAGAUCGACAAGAAUUCUAGUGUCAAAUCCUUAAAGGAAUUAGUCGCCAAGAAGCAAGGCACCGAUCCUGAACGCCUGAUCAUGGUCGAGAUCUUCAAGCGCAAGUUCUACAGAAUGUUUGAUAACACGAGCUCCAUUGCUGAGUGUCAAAUUUCUGGCAACGACGAAAUCGCUUUCUUUGAAGUCGAGUCCGUGCCGACCAAUUACAAUCCGGAUAAGCCCCAGAAGAGUUAUUUCUCCUUCAGCAGGUCGGAUCAAGAGGAGAUCCCAAAUAUUGACUCCCCGAAGGCUGACCGUAUUCUGGUGCCUAUUUUUAACCGCGUGGACCGGUCAAAGUCAAAACGAGAUCUUUUUGGUGUGCCCUCGUACAUUGUUGUCACUCGGGAGGAGGCUUAUGAUUUCGAUGCCAUCUAUGGCAAGGUCCUUGCUGGGGCGGCCACGAUGACCACCCGUGACUUUUUGAACGAGGAGGUUCUCGGCGAAGAUCAGCAAGAGGCAACUCAGGAAGACUCAGAUACUGUUGUCAUGAACGACGACGACGCCCAGUCUGCCGAUUCCAAGAUCAAGACAUCUUCGGUGGACGGCGAAGAUGGUAUGGUGGAUGUGUCCAUGCGCGAUGCAGACUCUGCCUCCCAGACUGGCGCUGCGCGCUCUGAAGGCUCUAUCCCUGCUCGAUUUCGGGACAUGUUCGAACUGAAGAUAAUGAAGGGUAACGAGCCAGUGCCCCUAGGCUGGUCUUCGGUAGAAGACAACAAGGAAUACCCCAAGAUGUCGUUCCGUAUAAAGACGAAGCCAGUUACUCCACCAGAGGAGUCCGAAGAACCAUCCGACCCUGCAGAUUCGAAGGCUGCUGAGAGUGGAUCAGCUUCGGGUAGUGAUGCCGAUAACUCUCCAGAUGUUUCUCGCACCCCAGCCCCAGUUGCCAGAGUUCAGAUUCGACCCUUGGUUCGACCAGGCGAGGGACUCGUUGUUGACUGGAAUGAAGAGGUCUAUGACGCUCUUUUUGGCGGUAGUAAGAAAGACCGAGAUCCCCUUCGCGGCCUGCCAACAUGGCAGGACGUUGAGCGGGUAAAUGACCCCGAGCUGAAUAAGCGACGUCAACUCCGCCAAACCCGCAAGAAGAGGGGCGUCACCCUUGAAGAGUGUUUAGAUGAAUUCAACAAGGAGGAAAUACUUUCCGAGAACGAUGCUUGGUACUGUCCACGCUGCAAGGAACAUCGCCGAGCUAGCAAGAAGUUCCAGCUAUGGAGGACACCUGAUAUCCUUGUCAUGCACCUCAAGAGAUUCAGUGCUAGCCGCGGUUUCCGGGAUAAGUUGGAUGUGCUCGUUGACUUCCCUGUGGAAGGACUCGAUAUGAGUGGCAGAGUAGAAGCUCCUGAAGAGGGUAAGAGCUUAGUCUAUGACCUUUUCGCGGUUGAUAACCACUACGGUGGUCUGGGAGGUGGUCACUAUACUGCAUAUGCCAAGAACUUUUUUACUGGCCAGUGGAACGAGUACAACGACUCGAGUGUCUCACGACCUAUUGACCCCCAAAGUGUGGUAACCUCGGCUGCCUACCUCCUCUUCUACCGCCGUCGGUCCGAUCGCCCGCUCGGUGGUAAGAUCCUUGAGGAAAUUACUGAGUCAUCUACCCGACCGGCGAGUGAGGCUGGCUCGCCGAGCGAAUCUCGUGGGCAAUCUCCGUCGGGGGACGGUCGGCGUCUCGGCGGCUCAUCCCACAAUGGGUCGUCGAGCGUCUUAACCGGAGUCGGAGCAGCUCACCAGGAGGGAGAUGGUGGUUCGCGAACCGGAACCCAAGCGAAGAACGGGGAUGAGGCCGCGCCCCCUGGAUACAACAAUCGUCCCGCUUCUAGGGAGAAGAGCGUUGGGAAAGAACACCGACUGGAAGAUGACCACAGCGCUACCGGGAUCCACCUCUGAUGACGAUGACCUGCUCGACGACGACGCUAGUAACCAGGCAGUUGGUGGAGGCGACUUUAGCGAUUCGGACCUACGGCUGGCGUCUUUAGCGGACAGCCCCGGAGAUCACGGUGCGGUAUACCCCGGGACCCCAAUGGAAGAGACUCCCAUUCAGGAUAUCCAUCCUCCGUUGGAUGCAGAUGACGACGACGACGAGCUACCCGUUGUGGAGCUACGAGUGAACGAUGAAGACCGGAUAGUGCCUGAAUAGACAGGCAUAUUCUGUUUUGGAAACGCGACAUGAACGAUACUGGUACUCUGUUCGCUUUGUCGGCGACAUCAUGAUGCUCCCUGUGUGGCUGAUGAUCUCAAUGAAGGAGUCUAUGGUCUUAUUAUAAUUACACUUUCUUUUCGUUUUUGUUUUGAAGAAUUCCCUAUGCAGGUCCCUGUAUAGGGACUGCGUUUUCCAUAACUCGGAGGUGGCAUCUUCGGUGGGUUUGUUGCAUAUUGUGAAGAGAAUAUGGACGGCGGGAUCAAGCUGUCCUUGCAUUUACAUUUUGAUUAUUGAGGAGGACCUCUUUUCGAGCCUCGACACCGUGUUCUAAAAGCAUUUAUUUUGCCGGUCAUGGUAGAGCAGCAUGGCUGCAUUGCAUGAAGAUAUGCAUUCGUUUUCUUC